AUGGCUUUCUCCGUCAAAGGAAAAUCUGCAAUUGUAACGGGUGCAGGUUCAGGUAUCAACUUAUGUUUCGCCAAACUCCUGCUUGAGAAUGGGUGCAACGUUCUAAUCGCAGACCUGGCCCUUCGACCUGAGGCGCAGGAGGUGGUGAGCAAUUAUUCCAGUCAGUCAAACACACCCAAUCGAGCCGUCUUCCAGAAAACAGAUGUCAUCGACUGGAUGCAGCUAGAGAAUAUGUUUGAGGUUGCGGUGAGAGAAUUUGGUGAUGUCGACAUUGUAUGUCCAGGUGCUGGGGUCUACGAACCGCACUGGUCCAAUUUCUGGCGACCUCCCGGGACUCCAGAAAGCCGUGAUCCACGAGAUGGAGGUCGAUAUGCUUUGCUGGAUAUCAACUUGACACAUCCGAUCCGCACGACUCAGUUGGCUAUAUCUCACUUUCUGCGCAAUCGAAGUAGCGAAAGACCGAAGCAUAUCAUCCAUAUUUCCAGUAUCGCAGGGCAGAGCCCAGCACUGGCCGCGCCAAUAUAUGUAGCUACGAAACACGCGAUCAAUGGUCUGGUGCGAUCGUUGGCUAAACUUGACAGCAAAUUUGGCAUCCGUGUGACUGCUGUUGCCCCGGGAGUCAUCAAAACACCUCUAUGGACGGAUCAUCCAGAAAAACUGAAGAUGGUUGACGACAAAGCCGACGAAUGGGUAACCCCAGAAGAGGUGGCUGAAGUGAUGCUAGCUCUCAUCCAGCAAGACAGUGUCAGCGAGGUUAUUGGAGACAAAUCGGGCCAUGGCACUCAAUUCCCCGUGCAAGGGGGGACUAUUUUGGAAGUCUCCAAGAGCGUUCGCGUUGUGAGUGCAUUCAAUGACCCUGGACCAACAGGACGACGGGGAAACACUGUGUCGGACAUGAACAAGGUAGAGGAUGAGGUAUAUGAUUUGCUUUCGGCGGAAGGAUGGGGAGCACCAAAGACAAAGCUCUAG